CGAAAGCCAAGCUGUAGAGAUUUGGCUCCACGACCCGUGGUUGCACCACUCCCCCCCCCCUUUCUUUUUUACGUUUUAUUUGUUCUCUUUGUUUCUCGAGUUCGACAGUUGAUUUCUAGGGAUAGAAAGUGAGAAUCUUUUGAUUGGGAUUACCGAGAGCUAGAGACAAAAGGGCGACUCCACUCUAGGGAAGGGUAGUGUGGUUGGAGAAAGAGAGAAUGUCGAAGAAGAAAGCAACGAUGACCUUGAAAGACUUCCAUGGCGGUUCUAUUCCUUCCGAUCUUCCUCUCCCAUCUGCCCCUGGCGUAAUUGUUAGGCCAUUGGAUCGCCAAAUGCAUUGGGGGACCACCACAGGAAGAAUUGAUCAUCAUAAACUGCGUCCUGGAUCAGCAGGAACUUCAAGAAACUUUGAUGAAAAAACACCUUUCCUCAGUCAAAAUGCUCUCAUUGGCCGUAAUUUCGACGAGGAUGAGAGGAAGCCAUUGGAUGGGGGGACACCAGGCGGCCCCCGCCGGAUGGUUAGUGAUGACAUCAUUUAUUCUCAAUCGAGCCAUGUUGAACCCAAGAGCAGACCGCUAUCAGCACCUCUGUCUCAGAUUUCAAGCACUACAUCUAGUGGUUCAUAUGCAUCAAGAUUUUCAGAAGUUAAGAAUAACCUUAGAGUAAAUCCACAAACUUCAAGUGGAAACAUUCGUGUAAAUACAAAUUCUUCAAAUGCUUGGGGAUUAAAGAAAGAGACAAUAGGUAUGAAGGAAUCCUUGGUUACUACUGGAUGGUCUGCUCAGGAAACAGCAUCUAAGUUGGUCCAUGCCAGUGCACUUGACAAGAUCUCAUCUGGUAGGUGGAAUUCAAAACAACAUAUGAGCUCCCCAACAGAAGGCCAAAAGUAUGAUCUUAGUGCCUGCAGCAAUACAAAUGCGGUUGAUGUAGGGAAUUAUAAGAACAAUGAGAGAGUUCAAUCUCCUGUAAUCAUAGAGAGCCACGAAAAAAGAGCUUCGAUUAUAAAUGUCCAUGGAGGAGUUCAUAAUUUCCAACAUGCGGGCAGAUACAGUGAAUCCGAAGUUGUGUCAUCGGUGGCUUCAGAAUCAUCAGAGAGGCCCAAGUUAAAACUGCUUCCUAGAUCUAAGCCAGUAGAAAGUUAUGAACCACCUGUAUUGGGGCAGCAGCAGCAUAGUGAACCUAUUCAUCUUGAAUAUGGUGGGAAUAUACCUGGAUCCAGCAACCCUGCCAAACAUGAACCUGUCGGGUAUAAAAGUGGUGACCGAGCUGCUGAGCGUCCUAAGCUGAAUUUGAAGCCUCGUUCACAGCUUUCUGAACAGUUAAACGAAAUCGAAAGCAAAAGGAACACUGUUUUUGGUGGUGCUCGCCCAAGAGAAAUGGUUCUAAAGGAAAGGGGCUUUGACCAUGCAGGUGAUUGUGACCGUCAAUCACUCUCUAGGAACAAACAAGACAUGACAACACAUCAUGCUACCCGUUAUAAUAACACAGAAAGUGCUGAGAAUAAUGUCGUCAUAAUCGACAAUAAUAAUAGAUGGGACCCACUUAGAACGGAUGUGCAGAGGAGAAAUAGGCAGGGUGAGAAGGUGAGGAACAAUAGCAGAAACAGUGAUAGUCAGGAAAGGCCAUCUUCACCAGAGACAUGGCGGCGAAAACCCGUUAACGAGCAGCCAACAGUGCUUCCCGGCAGUGCUCAUGGAGGGGCUAGGUUUGGGAAGGUAGCCUCUGCAGUUGAGCUUGCCACUGCCUUUUCCAAAUCAGUCUCCGAUCCGUGUCUUGCCGAUCGUUUUUCUGGCCAGAGAAAUGUACCCUCCACUGCUCGGCCCUUUUCUAGGUUGAUGGGUCCCCCCUCUAGGCCUCAGGCUCAGAUCAAUAGUUACUAAAGCUGGGAAAGGAUGGAUUGGAUGUAUCUGAUUCUAUCUACGAAUCCUCAGUUGGGGGUAAUCAUCUCUCUUUCAGUAUUACAUCAAGCAUAUACAUUGAUUGAAACUUCUCAGAACCUGCAACCGAAAGACAGAGUCAGAGAACAGAAGAAAAAUAGAAAAUGUUUCUUCAUAUAUGUUUUCAUAAUCUGAGAAUAAUUUUAGAAAUAUGAUUUGGAUUCCGCAAUUCGAUUUGCUGCUCAACGGCUCUGUCAAUAGAGGAUUUAAUUGUGGCAACUUUUUUAAAUUAUUAACAUCGUGCUAUUGUUUUGUGAUGCUUUUCUCUUAUUGUGUAUUUGUUGUACCUGAAAUUAAGUCUUGAUUGCAUUAUUGGAUUUUUGCUUGGUUCUUGG